AUGGUCAUAGAAGGACCUAAGAAUGCAACAUCGCAUCACCCUCGAUUUAUGGAGCUGGCCUUGAAGCAAGCAAAAAAAGCCUGGGAGAAAGGUGAAGUUCCGAUCGGUGCUGUCGUGGUUGGAAGGUCUGAAGACGGGGAAUUCAAAGUCGUUUCGAAGGCACACAAUAACGUUGAAACUGAAUUCGAUGCCUCUGCGCAUGCAGAGUUACUCGCUUUGCGAAAGGCGGCAUCGAAGGCAAGAAACUGGCGUCUUACAAAUACAACUCUGUAUACUACCUUGGAGCCAUGUCCCAUGUGCUUGGCAGCGGCGCAAGCUUUCCGAGUUUCGUCUAUCGUCUAUGGCGCUCCAGAUCUCCGACUAGGCGCAAUAAAGACACACAUGCAACUCCUGGAGGUAGACCAUCCUUAUCACACAAUAGAAGAAGUAGUUCCAGACGUGUAUUCUGAAGAAAGUGCUGCAAUGCUUAGAUCAUUUUUCCGUGCUAGACGACAGCGAUCGUCGAACUCAAUGAAACGAGAACCUCGGCACGGAGUACUGAAGAGGUUCUUCUCAAAUAUUCGUAGUUUACUGUAG